UUUCCCUUUUCUCUACUCUCGUCGACUGUGUUGUUGAUCAUAUUGGCUCCCGCAUUCCUCCCAUUGAUCCAUGUCUUUGCUAAACCUUUAACUUUCCCCCGGUCUGAUUAGGGUUUUUUCUCCCUGUUUCCUCCUCCGAGGGCUCCAUGGUCGGUCUCGAUUUCUUUCUCUCCGCCUGGCUCAGAAGGAGCUAGCGUGGGAAGAAGGAGAGGGUGAACGUUGUGGAGGAGAAAGGAGCGAUGAGCGUGAGCCAUGCAUCAGUUCAUCCAGCCGAAGAUCCUCCUAUCACAGAAGGGGAUAAUGUGCCUCGGGUGAGGAUGGAAAAUAUAGAAGGCAUGCCAGGAACCCUACUCGGGCUUGCCCUUCGAUUCUUCCAGUUUCUGUUUGCUGCUGCAUCACUCUGUGUUAUGGCUACCACAAGCGAUUUCCCUUCCGUUACUGCCUUCUGCUACCUUGUUGCAGCUGCUGGUUUGCAAAGCUUGUGGAGUCUUGCACUGGCCAUGGUCGAUGUCUAUGCCAUUUUGGUUAAGCGUUCACUACAGAACCGCCAAGUAGUCAGCUUGUUUGCAAUUGGCGACGGGGUUACAUCGACAUUGACAUUUGCAGCAGCCUGUGCUUCAGCUGGCAUAACAGUUCUCAUAGACAACGAUCUAAAUAGUUGCGCCCAAAACCACUGUGUUCAGUUUGAAACCUCGACAGCCCUGGCCUUCGUAAGCUGGUUUGCUGCUUUACCCUCUUUUCUUUUCAACUUCUGGUCUCUUGCAUCCCGCUGAAUUCGGGAUUUACACACAUUUAUAUGUACACACACACGUUGUUUUGUCAUUGGUGUGAAAAUUUUCUAGGUCGUUCAUUCUUGGUCACAUUAGAGAACUUAGGGGACUGUCGAUGUUUCUAUGUAAAGGUUUUUUUGGUGAAAUGAGGACCGUGAUUAGAUUGGAUGAUGACCAGAUCAUUGUUAUUGGCUUCUUCAUUCCCAGUUCCUGGGAACUGAAUUGGAUUUUACCUACGCUUGGGGUUGACA